GUUUGUUCUGUCUUUGUUUUAAUAAUCAUAUUAUGUCUCCUCUGUUUAGUGUUAACUUCAACAGCUCUCUCUCUCUCUCUCCUCUCCAAUGCUAAUUACAGUAUCAGCUUUUUUUCUUCUUCUUUUUCUCUAGGUCUUUUAUUGUCAUUAAACACAAUUAUUAUUACUGUUUCUUUGAUUCUAUAAAGAUUGGAACUUGAUGCUUGCUUUGUUGUUUGUUCAAGUACCCAACUUGUGAAUCUCUCGUUUUUUGUUUUCCCACUGAAAUUCUUCAUUCUCCCCAAUUCAAGCAAAAACAGCAUUUGAUACCCUUUCAAUCGAGUGUACCAUUUCUUCCCUUAUUUAUCUGAAUUAGGUUUUACUGUAAAAACGUAAAUUCCCACCGAAGAAUUUGAUUCUUCUUUUGUACUCUUUCGAAGGGCACCACAAUCUUGGAGUAUCUCAAACAGGGUUUGUCUCAAUUUUAUUCCAUUUAUCAAUUCCCAAAUUAUUGCUUCUCUGAUCCUAACAACUUGAUGCUAUCCAAUCGAGUAGUGUCAAUUUCCUUCAUUUUAAAUUCCAAAUUCUUGCUUCUCUGAUCUCACAAGCUCACAUUCAUCUGGGUUUUUGUUUUUGUCUGUGAAAGACCAAACCUUUUUUAUAUCAUUAUCCCUCUUGAAGCCGAAGCGAUUGGUUAUGAGACAGUGACUCUGCUCUCUCACACUCUUAAAAGCGAAUCUACUUUUCCUUUUUAUUUUCCUUUUUUUUUUCUGGUUUUCCUCUCCCUUCAUAAGCUCCUGUGAGCUGUAACUUAGCUAAAUCCAUUGCUUGUUACCACUUUAUGCUCUGAAAGUUCUCAGCUUUCUUUGUCUGUGAUAAGUCUAUUGUUCUCUUUAAUAUGUAUUUUCUUCGCUUGACUUGAGUACGAAUAAGCAUUUAUCCUAGGGUUCUCUUCAUUUCUCUUUCCUAAAAGAACCUGUGACUUGCUUCUGCUACAUUAGAUUUGAUGCUCUGUUGAUUUGUUUUUUCUUUUCUUUUAUCUUUAAAAUUAUCUCUCUUUCUCUCUCUCUCUCUCUUUCCCACUGUAUAAGUUCCUUGACAAGUCUUGCAAAGAAGCAAACCAAGUUUUGAAAUUGGAAAAAAUUAUUUUGAGGGUUGAAUCAGAGGAAUGGGUGGAGAGAGUAAUGAAGGUGAGAUGGGGUUUAAGCAUGGAGAUGAUGAGAGUGGGAUCUCAAGAGUUGGGAUCACAUCAAUGCCCUUGUAUGGAAAAGCAGAUCCUUUCUUCUCUUCUGCAGAUUGGGAUCCAGUUGUCAAUGGUGGUGGCUUCUCAAGCUCCCAUUACCCUCCGAUGGCGAUGGACAAUCCAGGGAUGAGUUGCUUCCCUCAUUACCCACCCGGUUCGGGUUAUCCGGACAUGACUGCGAGUCUUCUUCCGUUUGGUGAUUGUGGAGGUGGUGGUCAAAUUGGUCGUUUCCUUGGUUCAGACAAGAAAGGGGAAAAUGUUGGAAGAUUGAUCGGAGCAGGAGAGACGCAUCAUGAGGAUCAUCGUCAGGUUUCAGGUGAUGGUGUUCUUGGUGCUUCCCCAAGUAGAAAAAGAAGGCAACCAGAAGCUGAAUCACAACGGAACAAGAAAGCUGUGGAGGAAUAUCAAGAAGAGCCUCAAAGGGGAAGUGAUCAGAGCCAGAAGAAACACAAAAGCGAUCAGAGUAAAGAGACGAUGAACAAGGAGAGUUCACAGAGCGAAGAAGCACCGAAAGAAAACUAUAUUCAUAUGAGGGCAAGAAGAGGUCAAGCCACUAAUAGUCACAGUCUUGCAGAAAGGGUUAGAAGAGAAAAGAUCAGCGAAAGGAUGAGACUGCUUCAAGAGCUUGUUCCGGGAUGCAACAAGAUCACCGGGAAAGCGGUUAUGCUCGAUGAAAUCAUAAACUAUGUUCAGUCAUUGCAACAACAAGUUGAGUUUUUGUCUAUGAAACUUGCGACGGUGAAUCCAGAAAUCAACAUUGAUAUAGACAGGAUCCUCGCCAAAGAUCUUCUGCAAUCAAGAGACAGAAACGCUCCUACACUCGGGCUGAAUCCUUUCACCGGUUUUCAAGGGACGAUACCGAACGUUUCUACCACCACAAAUCCACAAUACAACACAUUACCUCAGGCAAGCAAAUAUACAACACUAGAGAGUGAUCUACAAAGCCUCUACCAAAUGGGGUUCGUCUCAAAUCCAUCGACUAUGUCCAGUUUCUCACCUAAUGGUCGAUUGAAACCAGAGCUCUAGUACAUCAAGGAGGAUGAGUUCAAGGAAAAUUUGCAGAGAGUUUGUAUAGAAGAUGGCUUUGGUCCUAAGUAUCAUAUCUGUUCUUCCAUGUUAUUAUUUUUCUAAAAAAACCAGAAGGAUUUGGAUUCUCAGUUGUUGUUGUUGUUGUUUUUUCCUCCUCAACGAAGACUGCAUCUAUUGAAUAUGGAAUCAAAGAAUACAUAGUUUUAUGAAUAUCAGAUUUUUAUUGGGAAGUAAAGUAAGUGUCUACGCAGGUUUAAAACUAUAAGCAACACAUUUUGUAAGUCAA